AUCGCCGGCCCACGGGGAACUCCAUUCCUCUCUUCAAGACCACUUUGAAGGUGGCUUGGACCACGAUGUACGCCCUGCAGACUCCCCCGCGCGGUCUCUCCACUCCAUCGCCCCGUCGUUCCUCCCCCAUGGCGACCCCCAACGACGUCACUAUCACAUACACAGACGACAGCCGCAGCCCCGUCCAUGCGAUGUCAUUGACCAGGCAGAGUUACUGGAUUGGCUACCACACCCAGGCGAACCCCAUCAUUCGCCCCGCCAUUCUCUUCGUUAUGGCCGUGUUCUUUCUCAUUGGCGGAUUCAUCGCACUGGUCGGAAAGGGGGAAGGAUGCAUUGGCCCUCAGCUUGCCUUCAUGGCCUGCUUUGUCGGUUUGUGUGUUCUCAGGGCAGCCAUCACUGGUCGAGAUGGAGCGGCAUUGGGGCGAUUGGUAUUGCUUUCUUCCUGGCUGGCUGCUGGCUGUUCGACUUGCACAUCAAGGCCUUCCGCGUCCCCAGAGUUCUGCGCAGAACGCCCAAUGCCUUCGUGCUGCAGACAAUGUGCUGGUCUUAUCGACUCAGGACCGACGAGACGGCCGGCAUGUUGCGAGUAACCAAUGCAAAGUACCAGGAUGAGACACCCCAACCCAUCCCUCUGGAGGUGUCUUACGCCGGCGAAAUGACGAGCUACGACGGCGUCCUGAUCUUUCCUAUCGACAAGAGAAAGAGGGCCCUGCUGUUCUCGCCGCUCGUGUCUGCCAAUCGGUUUCUGGCGGACAACAGUGGUGCCGUGAAGGGUCAUGGGAUGGGGCUGGCGGCUGUGUAUGGGCGGCUGACGUACGAGGCGCCCCUCACCACGCCGCGCGCCAGAUGCUGAGGGACGAACAGAGAGGUGCAGACAGGCAGGUGCAGACAGGCAGGUGCAGACAGGCUAUUGCUUUUCCAUUUCGUUGGAUUUUGCCGCCAUGGCAACCUGUGUGUGUGUGUGCGUGGAGGGAAGUGUGUAGACGCGUGUGUGGGUGUGUCUGUAUGGUGACAUUCAUUUCGUGACGCGUGUGUGCAAUCGAUGGCGGGGGCCAAUUGAAUGGAUUGGUGGCCGACACAAAGUAUGAGCAUACAUCAAUCGGACUAUGUACAAGAAGGGACAGUCUGACCGGCCGGCAUGGGUAUUUGUCAACCAC